AUGGCCGGCGAGUUUGAACGACAUCCAUUCCUUCUAUCUGUCCAAGAUGUCGCGACAAGUCUUGAGACAGAUGUAGAGAGGGGUCUCACUUCAGCGCAAGUCGCGCAGUUCCAGGGAAAGUAUCCGCCAAAUGAACUUGAUGUUGGCGGUGCAAUUCCAUGGUACACGAUAUUCUUGCGGCAAUUGUUCAAUGCGAUGAUAUUGGUGCUAUUCUUUGCCAUGGGACUGAGUUUCGGUGUGCAAGACUGGGUCGAAGCUGGUGUCCUUGUCGCAGUCAUUGUCCUCAAUGUGUCAAUCGGAUUUUUCCAGGAAUAUGGUGCAGAGAAAAAGAUGGAAGCUCUUAGGGCUUUAUCUUCCCCCAGCGCAAAUGUUUUGAGAGAUGGUAAAACCCAGGUCAUUCCUAACUCAGAGGUUGUUCCUGGUGACAUCGUUCUCUUGAAGAUGGGUGAUACUGUCCCUGCUGACAUUCGGCUCUUUGAGGUCAUGAAUCUUACUUCAGAUGAGCAAUCACUAACAGGCGAGUCUAUUCCCGUUGAGAAAAUUGAGAAUCAUCUCGAGAACGAAGAACUUGGAAUCGGUGAUCGUAUCAACAUUGCCUACGGUACUACUGUUGUUCAGAAAGGUCGCGGUCGAGGCAUUGUCAUUGCGACUGGUAUGCAAACUGAAGUCGGCAAGAUUGCAGCGUCCACGACAAAGAAGAACCGAAAGGCUGGACGAUCUAUGAAUUAUAAGAAAUAUGGCAAAAAGGCACCAGUCGUCGGAUUGAGUAAACGUAUCUACGAUUUUCUGGGCAAGUUUCUGGGUCUUACCGAAGGCACUCCGCUUCAGAUCAAGCUAUCAAAGCUAGCCUAUAUCCUCUUUGGCUGUGCCAUUAUUUUAGCCAUCAUCGUCUUUGGCGUCAACAGAUUUAACAUGCAAAAGGAGGUCAUCAUCUAUGCCAUUUCUACUGGAAUCGCCAUCAUCCCAGAAUCACUUGUAGCUGUGCUCACAAUCACUAUGGUAGUGGCUACGACAGUCAUGAGAAAAGCCAACGUCGUGGUUCGAGACCUUUCAGCACUAGAAGCACUCGGUGGUGUUACGAAUAUCUGUUCCGACAAGACGGGGACACUGACACAAGGCGCCAUGAUCGUUAAGAAGGUUUGGGUUCCAAGGAAGCUGGUCUACACCGUCCGCGAUUCCAAGGACCCAAGCGAUCCCACAAUUGGUCGUGUAACCUACAGCGAAGUGGAAAAAGGAGUUACAACGAAGGAUCCUGAAAAACGCGAUUUUGACCAAGAAAGAAGCGCGUCUGCUCUCAAAUUUGAUGUGCCCGAAGAGAAGUUCAAUUCUAAGCCGAAGAAGAAGGGUGAUGAAUCCGAAGCUACCAUGAACCCGGAGCUUGAGGCAUUCCUCCUCUCAGCUGCGCUGUGCAAUCUAGCUACUGUUCGUGAGGAGACGGAGGCUAAUGCCGAUGAACGCAAGUGGAAGACUACUGGUGAACCUACUGAGAUCGCCUUGCAAGUCUUUGCUCAUCGUUUUGGCAAAGGCAAAAAGAAUCUUGAAGCCGAUAAUGGUUGGAAGCAGGUGGCCGAAUUUCCAUUCGACAGUUCGAUCAAGCGCAUGUCAGUUAUAUACAAUCACCCUGACCUCGACAAUAGUAUGGUCUUCACGAAAGGGGCCGUUGAGCGUGUUCUGGAUCUUUGCUUGUCUGUUGGAAUAAGCGCUAACGCUGAGGCGAUGACUGAGACCUACAAGGAAGAAAUCCUCAAACAAAUGGACGAUUUCGCUUCCCAAGGCCAACGUGUCCUGGCUAUCGCUUCGCGAGAGUGGGAUGGCAAAUAUAACGAAAAGUCAUCGGCUGAAAGUCAUGGACACGACGACAAGAUCAGGCAGGAAGUCGAAUCGGGGCUGACUCUACUUGGACUAGCUGGUAUCUAUGACCCUCCCCGCCGGGAGACGACACCCGCCAUCGCAGAAUGUUCAUCGGCGGGUAUCAAGGUUCACAUGUUGACUGGUGACCAUCCAGCAACCGCAACGGCGAUUGCCAAGGAAGUUGGUAUCAUCCCCCACAACCUUAGCAUUUUGCCUGCGAAUAUUGCCGAAGCAGUAAUUCAGAAAGCUUCUGAUUUCGACAAACUCUCGGAUGCCGAGAUUGAUGCUUUGCCUGAAUUACCAUUGGUUCUAGCUCGCUGUGCACCAGACACGAAAACUCGCAUGAUCGAAGCGCUCCGUCGUCGCAAUGCCUUCAUGGCAAUGACCGGCGAUGGUGUGAAUGACGCACCAUCGCUAUCGCGUGCAGACGUGGGUAUUGCCAUGGGUUCUGGGUCAGACGUCGCCAAGUCUGCCGCCAAAAUUGUUUUGACCGAUGACAAGUUCAACUCAAUCGUCGCAGCCAUCCGUGAGGGACGACGCAUGUUUGACAACAUCCAGAAGUUCAUUCUUCACCUCCUGACCUCCAAUGUCGGCGAGGUCAUUCUACUUAUCUGUGGUCUGGCAUUCCGUGAUAGCACUGGCUACUCUGUGUUUCCCAUCUCCCCCUUACAAAUUCUUUGGAUCAACAUGCUCACCUCAUCUUUCCCGGCUUUCGGUCUCGGCCGUGAGCAAGCCUCGCCAAUGGUCAUGCGCAAGCCACCACAUGACAAGAAGCGUGGUGCAUUCACCAACCAGAUUCUCGUUGAUAUGUUGGUGUACGGCCUGCUCAUGGGAAUUCUGACUUUAAUGACUUUUGUUAUUAUUGUCUAUGGUGCCAAUGGAGGAAACCUCGGCCACGACUGUAAUGGAGCCUUCUCGGAUUCUUGUGUGCCUGUUUUCAGAGCCCGUGCUGCAGUGUUCGCCGAGUUGACCUGGCUUAUUCUUGUCAGUGCAUGGGAAUUCAAGGAUCUCCGACGCUCCAUGUUCCGUUUGAACCCUGAGUCAAAGUCAAAGUUCCCAUUCUUCAGGGAUAUUUACGAGAACAAGUUUCUAUUCUGGGCCGUCGUCGUCGGAGGUGUAUCCGUGUUUCCCGUCGUUUACAUCCCGGUGAUCAACACUACUGUUUUCAAGCACACCUCGAUUUCAUGGGAAUGGGCCAUCGUUGUUGCUGCACUGAUUCUAUUUGUGGCCGGCAUGGAGUUGUGGAAGAUGACCAAGCGGGUCUUCGGUCUCUUGGAGGACAAGGCUGUCGUCAGAGGCGCAUUCAACCAGGGUGAAGAACAAGGUCGUAAAUUCACGCACACGAUGAGUUUCAGCAGCCUGAAAAGUUGGCGAAGCUUCGGCAGGAAAAACACGAGUGACUCUGGCUUUCAUGCGGCUUCGCGGAGUGCUUCAAGAGGCAGGGCAUAA